AGGCGUGCUACGUCACAUUGUUGUGUCGGAGCGGAGGGCGCCUCUUCUGCUCUUCACAUGUCUCCUGCCCGUGGAACCGCCGUCUGCUGAGAAGCGGGGUGUCCGUCCUGCUUUGGGGGGAUUCGUGGAUCCGAAACCGACCGGCACCGUCUGCGGGAAAUAGGGAAUGAACGACGAGACAGCACCGGACAGCUGGAAGAAUAACUCCGGGUGCUCCAGUAUUGAGCAAAUGCUGGCUGUGAAUCCCGGAAAGACGCCGAUCAGUCUGCUGCAGGAGUAUGGAACGCGGAUAGGCAAGACCCCAGUGUAUGACCUGCUGAAGGCCGAGGGACAGGCCCACCAGCCCAACUUCACGUUCCGUGUCUCAGUUGGAGAGAUCAGCUGCACCGGCCAAGGGCCCAGCAAGAAGGCAGCCAAGCACAAAGCAGCCGAGGCUGCUCUGAAGAUGCUACAAGAGGAACUCGAGGGUCCCACUGUUGUCGGUGUUGGAGUAGAAGGUAUUAUUGCGGUUCAAGUGUCUACUGAUGGAGACAGCUGCAAGACAGAGAUGAAGACCUCAAGCAGUUCUCAGCAGUCCGAAUGUAACCCCGUGGGGGCUCUGCAGGAGCUGGUGGUGCAGAAAGGAUGGCGUUUGCCAGAAUACACGGUCACUCAAGAGUCUGGUCCUGCACAUCGAAAAGAGUUCACCAUGACCUGCAGAGUCGAGAGAUUUGUGGAAAUCGUCUCCGGUUCAUCUCCAGGAAGUGGAACGUCCAAGAAACUAGCCAAGAGAAACGCAGCAGCUAAGAUGUUAUCGCGUAUCCACGAUGUUCCGGUGGACCUGAGGACCCCCCACGAGCCAGAUGUGGAGGAUGAUACGUUCACCGUGCACAUGGGGAACAAAGUUGACUCGGGUAAAAGUAAAAGCUUCAGCUGCACAUGGGACUCUCUGCGUAACUCAGCUGGAGAGCAGAUCCUCCAGCUCCGCAGCCAUCCUCUGGGAAUGCCCUCCGACUCGGACUUCUGCUCCCUCCUGAGUGACCUGUCCGUCGAACAGAGCUUUGACGUCAGCUACUUGGAUCUGGAGGGGCCCAGUCUGAGCGGCGUGUGCCAGUGUCUCGUGGAGCUGUCCACGCAACCAGCCACAGUGUGCCACGGCUCCGCCCCGAGCAAAGACGCCGCUCGUGCCAUCGCAGCCCACAAUGCACUGCACUACCUCAAAAUCAUGGCUGGAGGGAAAUGAUGUCCAGUCGUGUUCCCACUCGCAGACUCGAACUCGCAAAACUGCACAUUGCCAGGAUGAAUUUCCACUCUGGCCGACAGAGGGAACCUUCGUGAUGAGUUCAAAAACCGUGAAUUACCUCAAAUUUGGAGAAACAAAACUUUUCAUGUCCCCCAAGUUUAAGCCCUGGAGCCCGAUUUGGCCACUUUGAUUUCUAAACGUCGCAAGUGAACAUUAAGUUGCCCAAAAAUUCAUGAACACUCCUCUUCUUGCAAAUUAUUUAAAAAUGUCCCUUUCAGUCACUUUCAUAUUUGCUUUUCAGUACAUACAGAGCUCAUUUCUUUUGUACCUCAAAUCAAAAAUUUACAAAAAGUCUGUAUCUGGAAUUUUAAAUGGUGCUUUUGUCAAAAACUGGAGACGAAUUCUGGUGCAACGCAAAAAGAAAUUGGACAAUGGAAUCACCGAUAUCAUGGAUGGACUCGAAAAGAAUGAACAGCCAUGCUACUGAAACAUGGAGGAAGAGACUCUGCUGAACAAAUAUCAGAGGAGAAUGGUUUUAAAGAAACUGACCUUUUUACACUUGAGCUUGUGUGAAUCUUUUUUUUUUUUUGUUGUCUUGUAUGUUAAUUUGAUCCCCUGAAGCUCAAACAGUUUGUCGCUGUGAUGCCUGAAGGUUCAGCCUGAAGGAUCUGAGUUUCUUCUGACAAACUUCCCCUGCCGUUUUUAAAACUCAGAUGAAAUUAACUCUUUGAUUUCUGUCCAGCACAUAUUGGGUUUGUUUGAAAUGUAACCCUCUCUAAUAAUGUUACACUCUGAUAUUUACUGUCGUGUCAAUCAAUCAAAUUUAGUAGAAUUCUAAGGAGACAUCAGAGAGCUUGAGUGAUACCAUUUUUUUUUAUUGAUUUCCCAUGUUUAGAGUCCCCUGGAAGAUGUACACUAUCAGAGCGUUUUAGGAAUGCUCACAGUGAUCAUGAGAACUCUACAAAAGAAAACAGUGAGCAUAAUUUAGAAUCUCCUUAUUGGUUCAGUUCACACACAAAUUGUCACAUUUGGGAGUAAAUCAAGACAACACAAAAUGUGAUUGUAGCAAAUAUUUCCCAGUUUCUCUAUUCACUAUGCAGUCAGACCAAUAAAUAAUAAAUUAACUUCUGUGUGAAUCAAA